AUGCUUGCGAGCUUCGGACUCCAGGGUGUUGCCAAAUCUGGGCUCUUUCAGCAGCCGUUUGGGUAUUUUGCACGUUUCAAGCAUGAGUACGCACCGAGAUUCAAAGAGAUACAGAAGAAGCAAAAGGGAAGAGUGCCCGUCCGUACCGGUGGAUCGAUAAAGGGUUCUUCCCUUCAAUUCGGUACGUAUGGUCUACGUUUGAAGACGGAAGGCACGAGGCUGACUGCACAGCAACUGAAGGAGGCGGAUAACGCAUUGAUGAGGUACGUAAGGCCGUUGAACAACGGUAAGCUCUACAGGAGACUCUGUACGAACAUUGCAGUCUGUAUCAAGGGUAAUGAAACAAGAAUGGGUAAGGGUAAAGGUGCUUUUGACCACUGGAUGGUGCGUGUCCCCACCGGUAAGAUUAUCUUCGAAAUGAGCGGUGAUAAUUUGCACGAAAAAGUGGCUCGUGAAGCUUUCAGAAAAGCCGGUAGUAAGCUGCCAGGUGUUUAUGAGUUUGUGUCGGCCGAUUCACUUGUAAGAGUUGGGUUACACGGGUUCAAAGACCCGAAGCACGACCCAAAGGUUAACUAUAUCGAAGAGUUGAAGAAGAAACCCACAAAGGCUUACUUGAACCUGCAGAAAUCCAAGGAGCCACAGUAUAGAAUGUUCCGAGGACGUUAG